AUGUCCUAUUCACCUGAAACUACAGUAGUUCAUGGAAAUAAUGCAAAUGAUGGCACUGGACUAGGAAACAAAUUGUUCAACCUAAAGCCUUCUUUUACUGAUAUUGAUGAUGUUUAUUUAUCUACAAAUCUCAAUGAAUUAGAUCAUAACUCAUCUGUUUCAAUGGUAAUGUCUGAACGAGUUCAACGUAUAGCUUCUGGUAUAUACAAAGAGUUUGAAACUAUGAUAGAGGCUUAUGGAUUACCGGUUGUAGAACGUUUAAUGCCAUUAAUCAUUAGUCUAUUAGAAAAUUUGGAUGAAUUAUAUAAAGAUCAGUCUGCAUACCAUGCUGAAGUAAGACAAUUACGUGAAGAAAAUGAACAUAUUUUUGAUCAACUCACUGCUGAAAAGGCUGCUCGAAAACAGUCCGAGCUGCGUUUAUUAAAUACAGAAGAUGCUUUCGAUGAAGAAAGAAAAGUCAAUGAAGCAAAACAUGAAUCAUUAUUUACUACAUGUCGACAAACUGAAUUAAAACUUCAAUUAGCUAAAGAUCAAGUUUCACGUUUAGAAUUCAAAGAAAAUGAAUGGAAAAAAGAAGAGAAUCGUUUACAUGAACGUCUUAAUGAAUUAAUACGUUCAAAUAUUGAAUUAACGGAACAAAUUAAAUUUAUGAAUAGCAAUAGUAACAAUCAUACUACUACUAGUAGUACUACUAAUAGUCAACAAGACCAUCAACAUCAAUCAAUCAAUUUAUUAAAUAAUAAUAAUAAUAAUAUCCAUAAAAAUAAAUUAACCAUGAAUUAUGCAUUGAAUAAAUCGAAUCAAAUAGAAUCGAAAGAGUAUAAUAAUGUCAGUCAAACAAUGAAUAAAUUAUCUGUUCAUUCAAAUUCACUUGAUGUUGGCUAUGAUGCUACUAGCAGUGGAUUUGGUUUUGAUGAAAUGCCAAGUAUGCUGGAAUCGGAGAGUGGUGUUGCUGGUGGUGGUGGUCUAUUGACAGAUGAUGAUCUUCCGGACGAGUAUUCAAUUACAAUGAAUUCAGAAUUGGAAACCAAUGUAUUUGGUAGUUUUUCUUCAUUCACAUCUGGUCAACAACGUACGGAUACUUCAAAUGAAUUUAUACAAAAUGUUGAAAAAGAUUUAUCAAUUCAUGGCACUGAUACUUCUCUAUCAUGGAUUACGCUGUCAGCCACUGGUACAAAUUCACCAAUUUACGGUUGGGCAACUGGUAAACAAUCUGAUCGACAAUUUGAUGAUCAUAAUAAUAAUGAUGAUGAUAAUGGCUGUGUUAUACAAAAUACCAAUGAUACAACUAAUAUUAGUGAAAAUGAUAAAUAUAUACCAGUUCCUAUUCAGUGCAGAACUAUCGGUGGUUUGCAUAGAAAGCAUUUAGAGAUAUGUACAGCACUUACUGUUCCAUUCAUAUCUUUGGAUUGUAAUUCAGAACCUAAAUAUCAUUUAUGGUUAAUUGGUCGUGGCGGUUCAAUAGAUUCUUCCAAUGUCAAUCAUUCAACCUCAUUGAAUCGUGGUUAUCUUGGUCAAGUGCAUAUAUUUGAACCAACAAAAUUUAUUCAACCUAUUUAUAGUUUUGAUUUAGAUAAUGAUUUUCUACCGACUACUGGUGUUUAUGUAAAGAAUAGUGAAGGAGCGACGACUUGUCCAUCAUCACCUGAAUUAACUUCAGAUAAUGAAUAUAUUGAAUUUACAUGGGAUCUGAAUGAAUCCUCCUGUACUAGUCAUGUGAAUGAGACAAUUUGUAAUAAAAAUGAUGAUGGUUAUGUAAUUCUAGCAUCAAAUGAUGGACAAUUUUUAGUAUUUCGAACAUGUCACAUCAAAAAGUCGACCGAUUCGACUAAUCAUCCAAAUAACACUGAUAAUAAUAAUAAUAAUAAUGAUGAACAGAUUACUUCAAGUCUUUAUAGUGUUGGUUUACCACAAAUUCUAUAUCGAUUUCAUACAAAUAAUCAAUGUUUUGUAGCUAAUGCAAUGAUUUCACGUGAUAAUUAUCUAUGCAUUGGUCUUUUCAAUUCCACUGGUACAAGUCAUUUUGUUUGUUUUCAAUGGCCAUUAUCAUUUAUGCAAAAUCAAUUGCAUCCCACUGCCCUGAAUACAUCCUCUUUAACUUCAACUCCAACUGCUGGUGCUGCUGCUGUUACUCCAACUACAAUACAAACAAAGCAUAAAUUGAUUAAUUUACCUCAUAAAUCUUCAUCUACUGGUCCAUUGAUUAUGGCCACAGCAUUUUCAUCGUCCAAUGAUCAGAAAUUAUGUUUAACAACAACAACAACAACAACAACAGAAGAGAAUGAUGUUUCUUGUACAUCAUCUGAUCAUAUAUGGCUUGGUACUGCUGGCGGUGGUCAUUGUUAUUGUUUAAAUAUUCAAUCAGGUGAAUUUGUAACAAGUAUCGCACUACCGAAUAAAACACCAUGUUUACAUGCAAUCUGUGUGAAUUCAUCUAAAAUUCUAUGGUUAGCUGUAUCUGGUAAUCCAACAAUGUGUACAAUCAAUACUAAUAGCGAUAAUAAUAAUAAUAAUAAUAAUAAUAAUAACAGUAAUGAUUUGGUACAAACCAAUAGCUUAAUGACAGAUAGUCCGAAAUCAAUGCAUGAAUAUGUCAAUAAUGAGAGGACAACAAGUAUUGGUAUGGCACGUUUAUUAGCAUGUUGUCCUAGACAAAAAUGUAUUCUACGUCAAAUUGAUUUAACCAAUGCACUAGCUACAAUGUUGGAUAUGGAAAAUGUUACAGAUCCAAUUGAUUUAACAAUAUGUCGUCUAUUGAUUUUACCAUCAACCAGUGAUCAUGAAUUAUGGUUUGCUACACGUUCUGGACUAAUUGCUCGUUUACAGCUGAAUUAUGAUAAAUAUAAACAUCCAUCAAUGGAAAUUGAAUUCUCCGGCACAUCUUCCAUUACUAUCAGCUGUCAUGGUUAUCGACGUCCUGUAUGCAAUCUAUUGUUAAUUCAUCAAAAUUCAAAUGAAUUAAUUAUAUCAGUUGGACAUAAUUAUGUUGAUCUUAGACGAUUGGAAGAACAAAUUAAACAAAAUAAUGAUUCUUUACUUGAUCAAACUUCUAAUUUAAAGAGUUCUAUUUAUCGUUCACGUCAAAUGAUUUCAGGUGCUCAUGCUAUUGUCUGGAAACUAACUAAUUUACGCCAUGUUUAA